UUACUUCUUAGACAGAGUACUGAAUCCUCUCUCUCUCUAUCUCUCUCCUCCUUUUGCAGUAUUAAACUCUCAGUUUGCUUUACCUUUUCCUGGAAAGAAAAUCUAAUGAUCGGCAGCCAUUCUUAAACGCUCCUCUCUCGCAUACACACAUAUCAUCACUUCAGUCCUCCAAGAUUUCUUCCAGAUUCUUCAUUUCACCAUUGUCUUUCGAAAACCCUUCUUUUUUCUAUCUCUAUGGAGCCAUGCAAAAGUAUAUGGGAUAGUUUCUAACUCUUCUUAAGUUACGAAGGAAAACCCUAAAAGCAGUAGAAGAAAACUAAAACCCUUUCAAGAUCCAGGCAAAAAAAAAUUACAAAAAAAAAAAAAUAUACUUUUCUAGCUUUUUCCAUGGAUUUAGUUUCUGCGCAACCAAACAAAGCCCCCACCACCUAUGACAUCACCCCGAUAAUACCCAACACUACCCCUCCCGCCACUCCGUCGACAGCCACGUUAUCGCCGUCUUCUACUUCUAGUAGUGCUACUACUCCGAGCCGGUAUGAGAACCAGAAGCGGCGAGACUGGAACACCUUCUGCCAGUACCUGAGAAACCACAAGCCUCCUCUCUCGCUUCCCAUGUGUAGUGGCGCUCACGUGCUUGAAUUCCUCCGCUACCUGGACCAGUUUGGGAAGACCAAAGUCCACAACCAGACCUGCCCCUUCUUCGGCCUUCCGAACCCUCCGGCUCCUUGCCCGUGCCCGCUCCGGCAGGCGUGGGGCAGCCUCGACGCGCUCAUCGGCCGCCUCCGGGCCGCCUACGAGGAGCACGGCGGGAGGCCGGAAGCCAACCCGUUUGGUGCAAGAGCUGUGAGGCUGUUUUUGCGCGAGGUUCGUGAUUUUCAGGCCAAAGCGAGAGGAGUCAGCUAUGACAAGAAGCGCAAAAGGCCUAAGCCAAAGGCGGUGGCUCCUCCUCCAAAUAAUAAUGCAAAUUAAUGGAGAUCAGUCAAAUGGGUAUAUCUUUCUUCUCCUAUUUUUCCCUUUUAGUAUUUAUAAGGAGAUGAUUUUUUUUCUUUUUUAUUUUGCAAGUUUAAGGUGAUUUCUGGUUCGUGGGUAUACCAUGAAACAAACUGCUCUUAUGGGGGCGGAUUAGUAAGCUAAUUAACGAUGGCUGCGCUUGAAAAGAAACUGUUCUACUAUCGGAUUUGUAUAAAUAUGUUCUAGCUUGAAGACUCCAUGUAAUUUUAAUUAAUUGAAAAAUGGGAAAUUCAGUUAUUGAA